AUGCCCGCUUCCCCGCUCCCCGUCCCCAACUCCACGACCUCCUUCUGGAGGUCAUCCCCGCACGCUCUAGACGAUCACCGGUCUACCCCGGAGCUCCCAACCGAAGUUGACAUCGCUGUCAUCGGCGCCGGCUAUGCGGGUGUCGCGACAGUAUACCAUAUCCUCGACCAGUGCAAGGCGCGUGGUGUUCCGCCGCCAAAGAUUUUGAUCCUCGAAGCCCGACAGGCAUGUUCCGGGGCAACUGGACGCAAUGGCGGCCAUCUGAAGCCGGAUCCGUACAAUCGCCCCGCAAGUUUCGUGUCCACACAUGGCAUUGAGACCGCGAAGGAGUGUGCGGAGUUCGAGGCCAAGAACCUUAUGGAAGUGAAGAAGGCCAUUGAAGCCGAAGGCAUCGACUGUGACUUUGUCUUGACUCGGGCUGUCGACGCCUUGAUGUCAGAGACUAUCCGCGAUAAGAUGAAGGCCAACGUUGAGCUGCUUAGGAAAGCUGGCGUUUCCGUAAUGAAGGACGUAUACUACGCCGAUGGCGCCGAAGCCGAGCAACUAUCAGGUGUGAAAGGGGUCAAGGGCUGCCUUUCGUAUACCGCCGGCACCGUCUGGCCGUAUAAACUAAUCCUCGCUCUCCUCUCAAAGGCCCUCGACGCCGGCGUCAACCUGCAGACCCACACGCCCGUCGAGGCGGUAACCAACACCCCCGACGCAGACGGCUACCUGACGCUAACCACGGCGCGGGGCACCGUCCGCGCCGCGAAGAUCGUGUACGCGACAAACGGCUACACGUCGUCCAUCCUGCCCGAGUUCGCCGACAAGAUUGUCCCCGUGCGCGGCAUCUGCAGUCACAUCACGCCCGGCAAGACGCCUGCGCCCUUGCUGCCUCACUCGGUUAUCAUCCGGUGGUCGGAUACGGAGUAUGAGUACCUGAUUCCCCGACUCGACGGAAGCAUCGUCGUCGGCGGCGCGCGGUCCUCGUAUUAUCAUGAUUUGUCGGCGUGGUAUAACAAGGUCAAUGACGAUGAGUUGAUUGAGGCGGCGAAGACGCAUUUUGAUGGGUACAUGCAGCGUGUAUUCCGCGGAUGGGAAGACAGUGGCGCAACUACGUCCAAGGUGUGGACCGGAAUCAUGGGCUAUUCAUCCGACGGAUUGCCGCACGUCGGCGUCGUCCCCGGAAAACAGAAACAAUUCAUCAUUGCCGGAUUCAACGGGCACGGCAUGCCGCAGAUUUUCCUCUCGGCCAAGGGAGUAGCAUCGAUGAUUAUGGAGCAAUCAGAGUUCAAGACUACGGGUAUCCCCAAGGUCUACCAGGCUUCUCAAGCGAGAUUGGACAGUUCCAAGAAUUCGAUCCUCGAGAGCUGGAAAGCGGUCAAUCAACCGCCGGCAAAACUGUAG